AUGGUGACGAUAGCUACCACUUCGGCAUUCCACUUCAUACUCCGGGUGGCCAACCUGAAACGUCUUCCAAAGCCUUAUCGUGCCAGGCCUUCUACUCAUACCGGUUCAUGUUUAGGAAUGGAGACUUCAACCUGCAGGGAGAUUUUCCACCAGUUUGCGGUUGACAUGGCCGCUAAGAUGGAAUCGGUGAGGCUUUGUUUUAUACGGAAUCAUCAGAAACAGCUGCGCUCAGACUCCUACGUACGCGACAGCCUUCGAAAUGAAGUCAAUCCCCGCGACCUAGGGAAGCUGUGCAUUCUUCCCUCUACCUACACUGGGGGCCGGCUUUACAUGCAUGAACGCACGCAGGACGCUAUGACAUACGUUAGGCAAUAUGGGUGGCCAGACUUAUUUAUAACGUUUACCUGCAACCCCAAAUGGGUUGAGAUAAUGCGUGAACUCCUACCCGGACAGGAUUACACUCACAGACAUGACAUUACCGGCCGCCCUGUUUCUAUCUAUCUAUCUAUCUAUCUAUCUAUCUAUCUAUCUAUCUAUCUAUCUAUCUAUCUCGUUAUUUUCUACAUUUUUAAUCUAUCUUUCUGUCUUCCUUCAAUAUAUGUUUUUCUUAUAAUUUUCUAUAUUUUUAAUCUCUCUCUCUCUCUUUCUCUCUCUCUCUCUGUAUCUAUGGCAUUCUUUUACUUAUAUAUCUGUCUAUCUAUCUAUCUAUCUAUCUAUCUAUCUAUUUCUCUCGUUAUUUUCUACAUUUUUAAUCUGUCUUUCUGUCUUCCUUCAAUAUAUGUUUUUCUUAUAAUUUUCUAUUUUUAUUUUUCUCUCUCUGUAUCUUCUUUUACUUAUCUAUCUCUCAUCUAUCUUUCAUCUAUUCAUCUAUGUAUCUAUGGCAUUCUUUUACAUCUAUCUAUCUAUUAUAUAUCUGUCUAUCUAUCAUUCAUCUAUCUAUCUAUGUCAGUCUGUUUAUCAUAUCAUCUCUAUUAUAUUAUCUAUCUCAGUCUGUUCAAUAUCUAUCUAUUCAUCUGUCUAUCCUAUCUAAUAUUCAUCUAUUCAUUCAUCUAUCUAUCUAAUUUUCUAUAUUUUUCAUCUAUUCAUUCUCAUCUAUCUAUCAUCUAUCUAUCUUCUCAGUCUGUUCAUUCAUAUCUAUCUAUCUAUCUAUCUAUCCAUUCAUCUAUCUAUCUAUCAGUCUGUUCCAUUUACAUCUAUCUAUAUAUCUGUCUAUCUAUCAUUCAUCUAUCUAUCUAUCUAUCUAUGUCAUCUAUCUGUUUAUAUCUAUCUAUAAUUAUCAAUCUAUUCAAUCUGUCUAUCUAUCUAUCUUCAAUUAUCUAUCUAUCUAUGAUCUAUUAUCUAUGUCAAUCUGUGAUAUCUAUCUAUCUAUCAUCAUUAUGUCAAUCUGUUUAA